AUGGUACAACAUGGCCCAGCAUGGUACAGCAUAGCCAAACAUGGCCCAGCAUGGUACAACAUGGCCCAGCAUGAUACAGCAUGGCCAAACAUGGCCCAGCAUGGCCCAGCAAGGUACAGCAUGGCCCAACAUGGUACAGCAUGGUCCAACAUGGCGCAGUAUGGCCCAGCAUGGUACAGCAUGGCCCAGCAUGGUACAGCAUUGCCUAGCAUGGUACAGUAUGGCCCAGCAUGGUACAGCAUGGCCCAGCAUGGUCCAACAUGGCACAGCAUGGUACAGCAUGGCCCAGUAUGGCCCAGCAUGGUCCAGCAUGACCCAGCAUGGUACAGCAUGGCCCAACAUGGCCCAGCAUGGUACAGCAUGGCCCAGCAUGGUACAGCAUGGCCCAGCAUGGUACAGCAUGGCCCAGCAUGGUACAGCAUGGCCCAGCAUGGACCUGGUGGGGCUGGAACCCCAGUGGAAGACCCGGAAGACCUGCUGAAAGACCCGGAAGACCUGGUGGAAGACCUGGAAGACCUGCUGGAAGACCUGGAAGACCUGGUGGAAGACCCGGAAGACCUGCUGGAAGACCUGGAAGACCUGCUGGAAGACCUGGUGGAAGACCUGGAAGACCUGGUGGAAGACCUGGAAGACCUGGUGGAAGACCUGGAAGACCUGCUGGAAGACCUAGUGGAAGACCUGGAAGACCUGCUGGAAGACCUGGAAGACCUGGUGGAAGACCCGGAAGACCUGCUGGAAGACCCGGAAGACCUGCUGGAAGACCCAGAAGACCUGCUGGAAGACCUGGAAGACCUGGUGGAAGACCCGGAAGACCUGCUGGAAGACCCGGAAGACCUGGUGGAAGACCCGGAAGACCUGGAAGACCUGCUGGAAGACCUGCUGGAAGACCCGGAAGACCUGCUGGAAGACCCGGAAGACCUGCUGGAAGACCCGGAAGACCUGGAAGACCUGCUGGAAGACCCGGAAGACCUGCUGGAAGACCUGGAAGACCUGCUGGAAGACCUGGAAGACCUGGUGGAAGACCUGCUGGAAGACCCGGAAGACCUGCUGGAAGACCCGGAAGACCUGCUGGAAGACCCGGAAGACCUGCUGGAAGACCCGGAAGACCUGCUGGAAGACCCGGAAGACCUGCUGGAAGACCCGGAAGACCUGCUGGAAGACCCGGAAGACCUGCUGGAAGACCCGGAAGACCUGCGGGAAGACCUGGAAGACCUGGUGGAAGACCCGGAAGACCUGGAAGACCUGCUGGAAGACCUGGAAGACCUGGUGGAAGACCCGGAAGACCUAGUGGAAGACCCGGAAGACCUGGUGGAAGACCCAGAAGACCUGCUGGAAGACCCGGAAGACCUGCUGCUGGAAGACCCGGAAGACCUGCUGGAAGACCCGGAAGACCUGCUGGAAGACCCGGAAGACCUGCUGGAAGACCUGGAAGACCUGGAAGACCUGGUGGAAGACCCGGAAGACCUGCUGGAAGACCUGGAAGACCUGCUGGAAGACCCGGAAGACCUGGUGGAAGACCCGGAAGACCUGGUGGAAGACCCGGAAGACCUGGUGGAAGACCCGGAAGACCUGCUGGAAGACCCGGAAGACCUGGUGGAAGACCCGGAAGACCUGCUGGAAGACCUGGAAGACCUGGUGGAAGACCCGGAAGACCUGGUGGAAGACCCGGAAGACCUGGUGGAAGACCCGGAAGACCUGGUGGAAGACCCGGAAGACCUGCUGGAAGACCCGGAAGACCUGCUGGAAGACCCGGAAGACCUGCUGGAAGACCCGGAAGACCUGCUGGAAGACCUGGAAGACCCGGAAGACCUGCUGGAAGACCUGGAAGACCUGGAAGACCUGGUGGAAGACCUGCUGGAAGACCCGGAAGACCUG